AUGGCUAACAUUGUUCUUCCUCUUUGUGUUCCUUCAUCAUACAAAGAUCAUCAGUAUCAAGGAUCUACUGUAGAACUUAGCAAAGAUCUAUCCAACAGUACAACUUUGUAUAUUGGAAAUUUAUCAUUUUAUACAACAGAAGAACAGAUCUAUGAACUAUUUUCAAAAGCAGGAGAAAUCAAGAGGAUAAUUAUGGGAUUGGAUAAGUUUCAAAGAACACCUUGUGGAUUUUGUUUUGUUGAGUAUUAUUCACAUCAAGACGCAUUAGAUUGUAUGAAAUAUAUUAAUAGCACCAAAUUAGAUGAAAGAAUUAUUAGAACAGAUUUAGAUCCUGGGUAUAAAGAUGGGAGACAAUUUGGAAGAGGUAGAUCUGGUGAUGAAUAUAGGCAAGAUUAUGAUACAGGACGUGGUGGAUGGGGGCAUCUUCGUGCAAAAAAUGAAGCAGAACGUGCAAGAAGACAAAAAGAAGAAUACGAAGCCAUUACUUCUAUUCCUAUGGGUGCUGGUGAAUACAAAGGAAAAGGAACUACAUCAAAGAAACAUGAAAGAGAUAGUGAUGAUCAAGGGCGUGAAGAUCAAGGUCGUGAAAAGAAUCCACGUUUUAGAGAAGACAAAUCAGAUGAUGAGGAGGAUGAAAUGCAAACUGAUGGAUCUACUGUAGAACUUAGCAAAGAUCUAUCCAACAGUACAACUUUGUAUAUUGGAAAUUUAUCAUUUUAUACAACAGAAGAACAGAUCUAUGAACUAUUUUCAAAAGCAGGAGAAAUCAAGAGGAUAAUUAUGGGAUUGGAUAAGUUUCAAAGAACACCUUGUGGAUUUUGUUUUGUUGAGUAUUAUUCACAUCAAGAUGCAUUAGAUUGUAUGAAAUAUAUUAAUAGCACCAAAUUAGAUGAAAGAAUUAUUAGAACAGAUUUAGAUCCUGGGUAUAAAGAUGGGAGACAAUUUGGAAGAGGUAGAUCUGGUGAUGAAUAUAGGCAAGAUUAUGAUACAGGACGUGGUGGAUGGGGGCAUCUUCGUGCAAAAAAUGAAGCAGAACGUGCAAGAAGACAAAAAGAAGAAUACGAAGCCAUUACUUCUAUUCCUAUGGGUGCUGGUGAAUACAAAGGAAAAGGAACUACAUCAAAGAAACGUGAAAGAGAUAGUGAUGAUCAAGGGCGUGAAGAUCAAGGUCGUGAAAAGAAUCCACGUUUUAGAGAAGACAAAUCAGAUGAUGAGGAGGAUGAAAUGCAAACCGAUGUUUAA